AUGGGUCUUAAUGACUCCUAUGCUCAAGUUAGGGCACAAAUUUUGUUGAUGGAUCCUCUCCCACCCAUCAACAAAGUGUACUCUUUGCUAAUUCAAGAAGAAAGGCUAUGUAGUGUGGGAAACAAUUCAAGUCCUCAUGUGGAAUCAUCAACCCCAGUUACUAAGGAAUCUUCUUCUUCAGGAAACAAAAAUUACAAGAACUCCAAGGGGAAAGAAAAUCCCACUUGCAAUCAUUGUGGAAUGAAUGGUCACACUAUUGAAAAGAAUUCUAGUUCUGCGUCUACUUCAUUUACAUUCACUCAGGAGCAAUGUCAACUGUUCUUGGCUAUGUUGAGAGCUCAGAUUCAGUCAAGCAAUUUUGCUUUCACUAAUAAUGAAACUCACAUGACCAACAAUGUAAUUCAGCUAGCCACUCACGCCACUUCUAUGGCAGAAUUUGUAGCCAACAACUCAGAACUUGGUAGUCCAACAAUUAGUGAAAAAAGAAUUCUACCACUAGUAGAGUACUUAUUUUCCCCAUCAGCCACGUUGGAGUCUGUUAGUUCUGUAUCGAAUGGAAUAAAUCCAAUUCCAGCCAACAACUCUGACACUGAUGCUAAUGGAGCAAGAAGUCUUUCCAUUUCAUUACUCUUCCCACCUGCCUUGUCUGAAAUUGAAACAGAUGAUAGUUGUUCAGAAUCUAAUGAAACACCUCCUGCAGCAGCACAAUUCUUUUAUUCAAUACCGUCAUACUUCCCACCAGGUAGGUCUGAAACAGACAGUAAUUCUGAAAUUUAUGAAAUAAUUCCAACUGAUCCUUCCAGCACAGCAAGCCCUACAGCAACCGUCAAAGAGAUUCUUAAGCAGAAGAGCAGUAAUAAUUCAAAAUCUAACCGAACACCUCCAAAAUUCUCUCAUUCCAAAAAAAAUUCCAUAUUAUCAUUAUUUUUCGCAGCCAUGUCACUAACAAACAGGUCCAAAAGACCUAGACACACAACCCUAACAACAAGAUUCAAAGACUUGGAAAUUAUAGAUAAGGAAAAAUUUCCUUUGAAAAUGCUACUUGAAGCCACUAACAACUUCUCGGAAGAUCGCAAGAUUGAAACAGAUUACUUUGGCUCAAUGUACCAUGCCAUUUUAGAUGAUGGCCGAGAAGUGGCUAUCAAGCAUGCUGACAAUGACAAUGAAUUCCUAAGUGAAUUGCAAGCUUCAUCCUGCCUGAAUCACAAGAAUGUUGUUCGCUUAUUGGGAUUUUGUGAAGAUAGUAAGGAGCGCUUAUUGGUCUACGAGCACAUGGAAUAUGGUACCCUUUCUGGCCAUCUUCACAAUCCUAAAAGAACUUCUCUAAUGUCAUGGGCUGCCCGGAUUAAAGUGGUACUAGACAUAGCCAGUGGCAUUGAUGAAUACCUACAUCGCAUGCAUGAAUCAUGCAGUACCACCUGUGGUUUUGAGGGGGGAUGUGAAAGUAAGCACUGA